UUGUGUUGCGCCAAAUUAGAACUUUUCAUAUCGUGGAUGCAUGAUUGAUUGAGAAACUCUAGAGAUGAUUGUUGCUUUUCUGUCGACAAAUGUGAACUAUGUCUCUUCUAAUCAUAAACAGCUAUGGUUAUACCAGAAACUAUGUUGUAAAGAAACUCAACUAUCUCUCCAACUAACUAGAAUAUAUAGAAAACCUCUUUUAUGUCAUAGGGUUGAAAAGCAGAACAUAUUUGCAAGUUUGGAUAGAUUCGAGCUUGCAGUGGCUGGAGAAUGGAAAGGUUUUGAAGCUUCCUUCGACCCUGAAACAGGAACCGCAAUCCAAGUACCUUCGACAAGUUUACCAGAAGCAUUCGUGGAGUGGAAUGUGAAGCCAGUUGGAUACGAGUCCUACAACUCCAUGGUCGUAAGGAAUAAUCAGCUAUAUCGAAGACACUCGAGAAUUCUCCCCAGUGUGUCUUUUGAUGCAGAUGUAAUAGACCUGGAAACUGAACUCUAUUUCUACGAUUUGAACGAGGAAGGUUUUCUUUUUCUUGCAGAUGGUUCCUAUUCAAAGGGUCCUGUGUCACUACAACAACCACCAGGUUCCAAACCAUAUGUUUACUUUGAGUUUUGUCUUUGUCUGGUAUCAGAAUUAAAGCCUCCGAUGCGUUGUUUAUUUCGUUUUCCAGUGGAUAUCAAACGACAACAGUUGUGGGGAGACGUUCAGGUGUUUCUCGAACAUCGAGAUGGAGACUUUUGUGAUGGAAAUGCAAUUGCAAGUGGUUCGGGAUACAUGGAAGGAUUUGCAUCUGGUAUGCCUUUAUCAGAAGAUCUUAUAAAUGGCGAAUGGUAUCCGGAAUCGAUACAAGUUUUGAAAGGAAUUUCCUCUUUUCACGACUCUCGGAUGCUUAAUGAUGUAAACUAUUCUCCUAUUUUAGUGGACAGCUGUAAGUCAUUACCUCGUCAUAGGCUCAUGUUACCAGGAAAUAUUUAUGUGAAAUGUGACUCGGAGUCGCUUGGACAAGUGUUCAACUUACAAGUAGGUCAUGUGACACUGGAAGGAAGAUGGGUUUCUUUUCACCGCAAAUAUAUUGAUAACAGACUCGUAGCAACUUAUAAAAUGGUAUGCUUUAAAAAAUGAGUCACAUGUUUCGGUGUAAAUGCAGAGUUGAUGAUUGGAAUGGAGAGAGACCGCAUACAGAAAUGAAUGCUUUUUUAUAUGGUAUCAUUGGAAAAGGGUAUCAACAUCAUCCAUAUACUGUCAGAAGUCCGAAAAGUUUAGUAAAACCUUUGGAACUAUU